AUGGAAGUCGGUGGUUUCGUCGUAGGCGUGAUUAGCCUAGCUAGCCUCUUCAACAAUGUCAUCGACUGCUUCGAAUACGUCCACAUCGGUAAAUCGUUCGGCUCGAACUUUGAGCUUUACCUCCUCAAGUUGGACAACGCACAAUUAAGGCUGUCGCGUUGGGGAGAUGACUUAGGCCUGAGUGGAGGUGGCAUCAACGACGCGACGGCGUUGCCAUCCAACGUCUGGUCGGAAGCAAACCAACAUAAAGCAGAGCAGAACCUUGGCCAUAUUCUCGAGCAAUUCAGUAAAGCAAUGGAGAUUUCCAAACAAUACAAGACCGAUAAAGCAACCGACAGCGAAAGCCUCACAAUUGUCAACGACGGAAUGAUGGACCCGAUGACCUUCUCGCUCCACGAGAAAAUCCGAGCAAUGGCUAAGAAGAGGCAGAACGGUGCAUCUCUGGCGAAGAAGAUCAAAUUUACUCUCUACGAUGAGAAACACUUGAAAGCACUGGUUGACGAGAUUACCAAUUUGACAAAUCAGCUCGUGGAUCUUUUUCCGGCUCGAAAGCAAAGACAAGUUGAACUCGCCGCCCGGGAGGUAUCGGAUCUCAUCGAACCAUUCCUGGAGUUGGGGAAUGCAGCGAGGGGGCAAGACGAGGAUUUGAUGUUAGCGUUGGAGAAAAUAAUCAAGCCGGCUAAUAAUCUCAUGACAUUCAACACGGAGAAGAGCAAUGUGGGGAAGAUGGGUUCGGACACUGGCGGGCACUAUACUAUGCAAGUUGGAUCACCGUGGUAG